AUGAUGAGGACUCCUUGCGAGGUUUCGUCGACUCCUACCCAGUUCACGUCGUAUUCCUCAGCCAAGUUGUCCUCAUAUUGUGCCUGUCUUAUGACGACCUGUACUUCGUUUGGAACUGCAGCGCCUAGUGCAACUGGUUCUUGGAGUGGCCAGGAGAAUGGCACUAUAUCGUAUACUUCGUGGCGCUAUUCUCGUGGCCCGACGAUUACAAGUGGUGGUACUCAAGCCAGAUCUUCGGAUGGCGCUGAUGGAGGAGUUUCAGAGACUAAUAGUGAUAAUGGUUCAGGGGCUACUGAUGGAAGCUCUCAUGGCACCAAAACUUCCACGAGUAGCGAUGCGGGUUCUACUGGUGGUGCUUCCAUUGAGCCUUCGAGCAUUCUAGAGUCACCCACUGAUCCAAUGACGAGUGGCUCUGAGACUGCCUCAGAGACUGCAUCAGGUAUCGUUGGUUCUGAUACUGGAUCCAUGACUGACAAGGCCACACGCACAUCACAAGGCUCUUCCCAAGAGACUGCAACAUCCGGACGAUCUGACCAGAGUGAUACUAACUCUGCAAGCGGUUCUGCAACGGGAACAGGGACCUCUAGUACGGGUGGCGGCUCAGCUGCUUCGUCUCAGACGGCAUCUACUACAGCUACGGGUGACGCUACUGCUACUCGCGAUGGAGGAAGCGGUGGCACUGGAGCAACAGGAACUUCUAGAGAUGGUGGAGGUGACCCUACUUCUACUGCAAGUGAUCCGGGCAAUACAAGCUCCGAUAUCAGCUACUCUGGAGCUACACCGACAAUAACAUCUGGAGAUGCAUCCACAGCCACGGGUUGGAACACCUCAACGGUAUCUUCUCCACGAGGCACUGGAACUACAGGCUCUCUAUCUUCCACAACCACGGUUAGCCCUGACAACUCAGGAGCAGGAUCUGUAACCACAAACGCAACGACGACAGCCACUCUCACCUCUGCCCCUUUCAUUACGCCCAGCGGCUUCAACACCAGCACCAUCAGCCCUAUUGUUAACGCAACACAGACAGGCCCCCCUCCUUUACCCGCUGCGAAUUUCACACAAGUAACUCGAACAGGUGCCAUUGUCAAGCCGACUUGUUAUCAAAUGCCGGAGCCAGCAGCGGGUUCAACUCGAAGGGCACUACUUCACAACACAAAGCUCCGAGAGGUAAACGCAACGAUCCCAUUCCCAUAUAUCGAGUCCGUCGAUUUCCAAGUGGAUGGCGUCGACCCCUUAUAUCUUACACUUCGUGAUGCAGCUGAAGGAACUCACUAUAUCGAUGUUUCUAAUCGGAGCUACAUUGCCAUUGUGGACUCUCUUUACAAUGCGAUGAUUAUCGAUGGUAAAGGCAUUCACUUCUCAACAAAGAAAUGUCAGUAUGAUGUGUCCAUCACGAUUGAAUCCAUGUACGAGCAGCUUGCCGCGCUUUCUGGGCAAGUUUGUUCCGUGGGAGAUCGCAAGCGGAAGCGGAUGAGCGACACGGACUUCAAACAGACGCUUUAUCUACGAGAUCAGUGCAACAAUCCGGUCAAGCAGACAGUCAGACAGUAUCCAAAUCUCAAGAUUGGGGACACAGACUGCAAUGACAUCGAGGCUGAUGAGGAUACCGGGCGAUGGCUCUUUGACUGCACAUUCCCUGGCUCAGACUCGGGCACCCUGAAAUGCGAAUGGGCUGUGCGGAACGACAUCGAAGAGUUCCUCUUCACGGAUCCCUUUGGCGGUGCCUGUCCCGACUUGUCCACUGUCAUCACAACCCUCGAGGCCAACGGCCAGGAUUUUAUCAACCCAGAGUCCCUUCGAACCGAGCUCUACAACCAAGGCCUCGACGACGCGCAAAAGGCCGAGGCUAACCUCAUCGUCAUCUACUACGAGCAACUCUGGGAGAUCCUCAAGCAAGCAUUCUCCAAACUGCGCACUCAACCGCCCGGCAAAGCGAGCGCCAUCCAGGAGUACAUCGACGUGUACAACAAGUACCGCAACUUCGAAGACGACAUCUGCGAGGAUCUUCACGCAGGCGACAUGCCCCUGAAGAUGAGCCUCCGCGCAGGCGUCACCACCAUCGACGCCAUCGCCAGACUCAACUGGGCGCCCGAGAACCCCAAGCCCUUCAACGUAACAAUCCAAGACCCAGCGAAACUUGCUUGCUGCAGCCCCGGAAGCGAUUCCCAGAAGAACGAGACGGCGGGGACUUGUGCGUAUCCGGCCAGCGCUCACCUUGGCGAUACGGGAUGUGUUUGUGGGAAGAUGGCUUCAGGAGCGUCUGUGGCGUUUGAGAUUACGGAGUGUGAGAAUUUCAAUGGAAGUGUGUUGGUGAGGCCGGGCCUCUUUUGA